CUUAAACAUGAGCGCGACAACAGUGUUCCUUUUUGCAGCCCUUUGCGUUUCCGCCGUGGCUGAGGUGCCCCUCUGGGAACUUACCCCGAUUCCUCCAGUCGAGGUCUCUGGUGAAGGACCUCCUCCUCCUGAGUCUUCUGAAGGACCUCCUCUUUCUGACCAGCGCAUCGUGGGAGGCAAUGAGGCAGAGCCGUACAAGCGCGGGUACCAGGCUGCUUUGACAUCAGGAAAAUAUUUCUGUGGGGGUGUUGUCAUCAGUAAACUGUUUGUCCUGACAGCUGCCCACUGCAUAUCAGGCAAUAAGAAUGAGCAAAUGAAUGUAACUGUAGGCAUACACAAUCUAAAGGUGAAGGAGAAAUUUACCCAGCGGAUUCCCGUUGCAAAAGCAUUCGUUCAUCCGGACUAUUACAGUGGACGCCAUGGCCCAACUAAUGACAUUGCUGUCCUAAAACUAGAACAGGAAAUUAAGAUGACUGCACUCAGACCCACAUUGUUGAACAUAGUACAGCAAUUUAACUUGGAUGUGGGUAGUGCCAAGAUUACGUUGCCAGACCAACCCAUCAAUGAGGAUCCAUCCUCCCUAACUGAAGACCAGGAAGUCAGCAGGCAGAUUGGCCUAGCAGCAAGGGUCUCUCGCCAAGAGUAUCUGGAGAUGUCGGUACCUGUGCAGAAGGACCAAGCUACAGAUUUACAAAGCCCUGAUCAUACCAGAUUUGCUAUACGGAUGAUCCUGCUCACCAGGUUGUCUUUGUAA